UCAGAUCAAAUACGUGUAAUUGGACUUCCCCGAAUUCUUUUGUACUUCCUUUUUUCAGCUUGACAACAAAAAACCUGAAGGACCUGUUCAUCUCAGCGCUGCCCGUGCAUAAACGCUUGCAUCAUUUAUUGUACGAGGAAGUAGGAUACGGUUUACGUACGUAUGUUUGAGUCUAGUUUUAAACAAAUGAGCAUGUAAGCGUUUGCAUGCAGCAAGUGAGGAACUUUAUGUUGAAGUUUAAAAGAUGAUGGGACUUUAUUUUUUGUGCAGUCUUGCUAUCUCUGCUCUUUUACUCUGGACAAGUCCAACAAGCGGCUAUGUAUAUCAGAUGAUAUACGACUGUGAGUAUAGUGACAACAUCACAGACGUCGUCUUCUUUGUUAAAAACAUAUUUAACCAGAAGCUUAACACCAUGUAUGACUCUCGGGUCGGGAAGUAUGUCGGCUUUGGAGAAUACGGCAUGAAAAAUGCAGAUCAUUUUAACAAGCAGGCUUGGAAAAUGGUCUUAAGGAAAGUUCAAGUAGAGACUCUUUGCAGAUACAAUGCAAGACUGUUCAGAAGGAGCACACUGGAAAGAAAAGUGCCUCCGACUGUCAGGGUCCAACAGACCAAACCGGCUGACUACGGGGAGCGGUCCAUGCUUAAAUGCAGCGUUCUGGGGUUUUUUCCUCAUGAAGUGAGGGUAAGCUGGCUGAGAGACGGGGUGGAGGUCACCACCGAUGUGUCAUCUUCAGAUGUCCUGGCUGAUGAGGACUGGAGCUACCAGCUUUAUUCUUAUCUGGAGCUGACCCUCAAGAGAGGGGAGAGGGUGAGCUGCAGGGUGGACCACAGCAGCCUGAGAGAGAGCCUGGAGGUGGACUGGGACACCUCUGCUUUGGAUGCCAAACAUAUGAAGAUGUCGGUGGGGAUCAUCUUCUUCUCUGUUGGCAUCACUGUAGCUGUUGCUGUUUACUAUUGGUGGAAACAGAGGUUUGACUUCAUCGCAGUAGGCCAACAAGGACAAACAUCUUCAUGUCUUUCAGAACUGUAAUUUUUUUUUUUUUCCCCUUUGGUUAAAGUUCUUUAACAGAGGGCAGCUCUGUUGAUGAAAUGGAUAAUACAUAAUAAAAUCAACCACUGAGCUCUGCUGAAGACUCAGGUAGUGUUGCAGCUA